AUGAAAUAAGAAGAUGACAAAGAUUUUGAUACUUUAGCAAGCAUAUGGAUGCAUAUGAAAUAAGUAUAAGACUUAAAUAAAAUAGUAAAUUGAUAAUGUUAAUGAAAAGAGCAAUGUUUAGAUCAAAUUAUAAAAUAAUAGUUAAUAAGUAUUUUCAUAAGUGAAAUACAAUCCAAAAAAUAUUUCUAUUUAAAUUUAGAAAUAGUAAGAAGAAUUGUUUUAAAAAAAUACAAAAUUAAUUGAUGCAUAAUAAAAAAUAAAUGAAUUAGAAGAGAUUAAUAUAAAGCUGAAUAAAGAAAUUGAAACAUUGUAAAAAGAGAAAGAAUUAAUACUUUAAAAAUUUGAAAUGAUAGAAGAGGUAAUUGAUAGUUUUUAAAUGGAUAAAUCAAGUAAUAGAUUGAUUAGACUUGAAAAUGAUUAAUUAAAAUAAGAUAUUACAAGAUUAUUAGGAUUAUUGAAGUAAACUAAAGAAUUUAAUGAUAUUUAAAUAGAAAACAAUUAACAUUACAUCUAAUAAGGUGAAUUUUAAUAGUAGAAAUCUAAAGUAAUUGAAAAUGGAAAUAAAAAGGUUGAAGUUUAAGUCUAAGAAGAAAUGUAAAUGAAUAUUUCUAUAAAGUUUUUGGAUACCAAAAAAAGUAAUCGAAAUCAUAAAUAAUAUUGAAAUGAAUUACUCAUAAAAAAAUGAAUUAUUGAUUAAUCUUAAUUCUACUUUUUAUGAGUAUUAUACAGCAAAAAUAAACAAAUUAAAAUAAUAAGCUGACAAUGAAAUCAACAAUCUUAAAAGACAAUUAAAUUCACGAAUACCAUAUGAUGGGAUAAUGACAUAAAAGAAAACUGAAAGGAAUUUAAAAGUAUAAUUUUCUGAUCAAAAAUCUGAAUCAAAAAAAUCUAAAGAAACAAUUAAUAGAAAUCUAUUUUAAAAAGUAGAUGAAUAAUUGAAAGUUAGUAAAGUUAUUGAUAAGACAUAAAUCUUUAUGGAAGGUGCAACUUGGAUUAGUAUUAUAAAAUAUUUAUAUCAUAGUGGAAAAGAUUAAUAAUGAAAUUCUAUCAUAUGAAAUUGAUGUUAAAUCUUUAAAUUAAGAAUUAAGUAUAAAGAUUGAUACUUUAAUUAAUGAAGAAGACUUGGCCUAUAAAAAUAUAGUAAAUAAGGUAUACAGGAAUUAAACUAUAUAUUAGAUAUUUAAAUGGAUUACAGAUGCUUCUGAAGAAUAAAUUUAUUCAUUAAAAGAAAAAUUAAAUUGUAUUAUGGAAUCAACUUAAAGCAGAGCAACCACAAGAAGAACAUUUUAAAUAACUGAAAAUGUUUUAAAUUGA